AAGAAAACGAGCAUAAAGCCAAUUAGAGUGACACAUUAAGAACCUAUUUCUUUCUCUCUCUUUCAACUCCUGAGAAACUUAAAGAAAGAGAGAAAAAAUGGCAGUGUCGACUGUAGUCUACACAGUCCAAUCCUUGAACUCAACAUGCUCAUCAAUCUCAACACCCACCACUAAAACCCACUUGGGAAUCCAACAAAGACAAGUGUUGUUCUAUGGUAAAAAGACACACAGGGGCAGAAUGAGAAGUGGUGAGAUAAGAUGUUCAGGGGACACAAUCGUAAUUGGACUAGCAGCAGACUCAGGGUGUGGGAAAAGUACCUUCAUGAGAAGGUUGACCAGUGUGUUUGGAGGUGCAGCAGAGCCACCAAAGGGAGGGAAUCCUGAUUCCAACACACUGAUAAGUGACACAACGACAGUGAUAUGUUUGGAUGAUUAUCAUUCAUUGGAUAGAACAGGGAGGAAAGUGGAAGGGGUUACAGCAUUGGAUCCAAGAGCCAAUAAUUUUGAUCUUAUGUAUGAACAGGUUAAGGCUCUUAAAGAUGGUAUCGCUGUUGAUAAGCCUAUUUAUAACCAUGUCAGUGGUCUUUUGGAUCCCCCAGAGCUCAUCAAGCCCCCUAAGAUCCUUGUAAUUGAAGGCCUUCAUCCAAUGUAUGAUCAGAGAGUACGAGACCUCUUGGACUUCAGUAUCUACUUGGACAUCAGCGAUGAUGUUAAAUUUGCGUGGAAAAUUCAGAGGGACAUGGCAGAGAGAGGACACAGCCUUGAAAGUAUUAAAGCUAGUAUUGAGGCUAGAAAGCCAGAUUUUGAUGCUUAUAUCGACCCACAGAAGCAAUAUGCAGAUGCGGUUAUAGAAGUGUUGCCUACACAGCUGAUCCCGGAUGACAAUGAAGGGAAGGUGUUGAGAGUGAAGCUGAUAAUGAAAGAGGGAGUGAAAUACUUCAAUCCUGUUUACUUAUUUGAUGAAGGAUCCACCAUCUCAUGGAUCCCAUGUGGAAGGAAGCUCACCUGUUCUUACCCUGGUAUCAAAUUCGCCUAUGGCCCUGAUUCUUACUUUGACAAUGAGGUGUCUGUGUUGGAGAUGGAUGGGCAAUUUGACAGACUGGAUGAGCUGAUCUAUGUUGAGAGCCAUUUGAGCAACAUCUCCACCAAAUUCUAUGGAGAAAUCACCCAACAAAUGUUGAAGCAUUCAGACUUCCCAGGAAGCAACAAUGGCACUGGUUUAUUCCAAACCAUUGUUGGUUUGAAAAUUCGUGAUCUUUUUGAACAACUCACAGCUGCCAAGGCCUCAGCUCCAUUGGAAGCUACAAAAGCUUAAAGUAAAACAAACAAAACAACAAAAAUCCUAAAACCUCUGUUUUCAUGUAAAAUUAUUCCCCAUUCCCAUAUGUGUAUUUAGUUCCCUUCCUCUGUGCUAUGGAUAUCUGUAAUAUAGAGAAUCAAAUUCUUGAAUGAAAUAUUGAGAUGAUCACACACCA